AUGGCUACAGUGCUAAUAUGCCGAAGAUUUCCAAGGCUCAGCAGGGUGACCACAUUCUCAACUACAGCCAAGUGCAAGGCCAAGAGUGGAAGCAGCAAAAGUGAGGAGGAAAAGGAAGAGACCCCAGAAAGACCCACCACCAGAAGUGAAUCUACAGCCACAAUCCAGUUGCUGAAUCCACUGGACUACAGAGUGCUGUAUAAUCCAUCUGCUUAUGCCCGAAGCAGAGCUGCCUCCCAGCAGCAUGCUGCUGCGAGCUGCGGUGACACCUUCACCAGCCCUGGCACCACACAGGUUCAGCACACAGUUGGUUCCACCCCUUCUCAAGCUUGGCCACCCGUCAGAAAGGCCCUGCCAAAGCCCAGGUCCAAACCAGUCCUCAAGCAGAACAUCUCAGCGGGUCUCUCUGCAGCACACACCAAGGAGGAAGCAGAAGAGGAGAAAUCGGAGCUGCACGACUCCAAGGAGGACCCACGUGUGUUUCAGAAGGGGAGGCCUGAAUACAGAUCUCUCAGCUAUGACAAGUCUGAGCCAGUAGAGACCCUUCCUUUAGAAGAAGGUGACUCCAUUUUACGCAGCGUGGCCACCUCCAAGGGCAGCCAGAGCCCGGCAACUAUCACAGAUCACUUUGUCAAGCUGAGUCGUUUGCCAGUGGAACAACACGCAGCGUUGGUGUCCAACCCCAGGUUUAACCAACUGUGUCAGUGUGCUGUCAAAAGCAUGGGAUUGUUCAGCACUUCAGAUCUCAUCCAUGUUCUGAAGGCUUGCGUCCGUCUGGUUGUCCCACCAACCCACCCUCUGUUGAAUGCAUGUGAGGAUGAGUUCUGCCGGCGGGUGUGGGACAUGAACCUGGACCAGGUACUGCUGGUGGCUGACUGCUGGCGCUGCCUGGAGCGUAGUGUGCCUUCCUACCUCAGCAUUUUGUUCAGCUAUGCCAACAUGCACUGGAAAGACCUCACUUUGCCCCACUUUGUUCAGCUCCUUUAUAUCAUAGGGGAAGGCCGGAGGUCACCUGCAGACUUGAUGCAGAAGGUGGAGAGCAUGAUUCUGAAGCACUUGGAUUCCUUCACCUUGGAGGAGGUGGGUGCUAUCUGCUUGGGGCUCUUCAAGUCCCUCAGUGGUAUCUCUGACCACGUCAUGAGAAGAAUUGCAGACAGAGUCUCCCUGCAGAUGGAAGACAUGAGCACUUAUGCUUUGGUGAACGUGCUUAAGGUACUGCGCUACACUCGCAUGGACCACUUACCCCUCUUGAAGGAACUUGGGAAGGUUAUUCCCGCUCGGAUUCCUGCAAUAAACAUCCAGGGCAUCAUGCACAUCACUCUUACCUGUUCAUCCCUACACUACUUUGAUGAAGGCAUUAUGGCUGCUGUGGCCAUGUUGUUGCCUUCUAAGGUGGCUUACUGCCGAAGCAAAGACGCUGCCAAGUUCUUGUGGUCCUUUGGGUGCCUGGACUAUGAACCUCUGAAUGAGGAAGAGUUUUACUCCAGCCUGAUAGAGCAGAUGCAUAGAAAACUCCAUGAAUUUGCAAAGUUUCCAGAGCAUCUCCUUACUGGUUUACUUGGCCUGGCAUUUGUCAAACGCUUCCCAGAGGAGCUGAUAGACUAUGCUUUGAGGGAUGAGUUUAUCCAGAGAACGAGAAGUAGUAAAUACGAGCUCCAAAAGGACCUGUUCACCCUUAGUAAGAGUGUUGAAAUUGAGUGCCCAAACUAUCAAGGCAGCCGCCUUCCAGCUCAGCUUUCCCAAGAGAUUACUGAGAUGGUUUUGACUUUUGCAGAGCAAGAAAUCUACGUCAGGCCUGAAAUUGUGGAAGCCACAUCUCUUCUCGAGAGCAUGUUGGGUGGCCGCGAGUAUGUGAAGAACCACAUGAUCCUGCCUCACACGAGAUCCAGUGAUCUGGAGGUCCAUUUGGCUAUGGAUGGACAUCCCAUCCCUUUCAACUUUAAAGAUGCUGUUGGAGAUAAGAAACUAAGAGACAUUGGAGUUAGUUUAACAGAUGACUUAAUGUCUCAGCUUAUAAAAGGGAGAUCUGACAUCCAGGCUCCCAUGGAAGUGGAUAACGAAGCCAGGGCUCACAGGCAGGAGCGAGGGGAGCAAGGCUGGACACCAGGCUCAGGGAGGGAUCGUGCUGUGCUUUCAGGUGCUUCUCUUGCAGAUGCCUGCCUUGAAGCCUCCCCAUCUCUUAGGCCAAACAGGCAUCCUCGAGGGCUGAAACUGGCCAUUCAGGUGUCCAACAGAAACCACUACUGCUACUGCUCCAAACGCCUCUUGGGGCUGCACCGCCUGAAACGGCGGCAGCUGCAGCAGUUGGGGUACGUGGUGGUUGAACUUCCCUUCUGGGAAUGGUUUCCCCUGCUCAAACGCACGCGGCUGGAGAAACUGAGCUACCUCCAUUACAAAGUGUUCGACCCAGCACUGCUGGGCAGGGCUGCUUAG